UCAGGUGCUUUUGAGGACUGCGAGGUUUGUCUGACUUGGAUUUUGACCAUGGUGUCUAAUUUGGUAAAGCUUGCAGCUGUCGGAGCAGCAGCUUCGUUUAUUGGUUAUUGUAUUUAUUUCGAUCACAAAAGGCGAAGCGAUCCCAAUUUCCGUGCUAAGCUCAUACAAAAGCGCAAGGAGCAAGCUCUUGCAGCCCAAAAAGCUUCUAUUCCUCAGCUUCCUUCAUUUAACGACCCUAGAGCCGUUCAUAAAUUCUUUUUGGAUCAGAUUUCCGCCGGUGAAACAGCUCUCGCCGCUUGUAAUGUUGAUGAAGCCGUUACACACUUCGCCUAUGCUAUCGUUGUUUGUGGUCAGCCUACCCAUUUGUUGCAAGUUUUGCAGGCGUCUUUGAGUCCUAAUAUCUUUUCAAAAGUUGUUAGCGCCCUGCCGGAAAUUAGAAAGGUAACUAAUUUGUUUGCUAUAAUCGCUUUUCUACAAGAUCGUCCUAGCUACAAAAAAGCCAAGCACAUUUUCGAAUACCUGAAUGCAAACCUGACCUUUUUCGUGAUGCAGAUCUCAAAACAGCUAUUGAUUUUCUUGACGAUUACCUGCACUCUGUGCAGUUUGUGCGCGUCCAGCUCAUUAUCAAUGUUCUCCAAGCAGGAAACGGUUGUUAAAUCUGAUGAAAAUAACGUUGGGGUAAAUCCUGUUAGUACGUCUCAUGUUAUUUUGGUUCGCUCAAUUUGGAACCAAAUUCAGUCCGCAUUUCCCGAUGAUUUCACGUCAUCUUCAUCUAUUGAAGCUGAGUUUUUUGUCAAACUUAACCGGGAAGAUAUUCUCAUUCUCAAGCGAUUUGUUGAGCACAGCCCUGGUGUUUCUCCCGAAUCUGUCAAUGAAAUAUUCUCACGUUUCCUAUUCCCCUCUGAUAUAAAAGACAAUGAUACUUUUGAGCUCACUCCUCAUCAUUUCUUAUUUGCUCUUCCUUUUGUUUUCUAUCUCAUCUAUCUCAAAUUUGGUUUAAUUUUGCUCAUAAUCAUGACUGUUUUAUGCAUUGCGAGUUACGAGCUUUAUUUGAAAGGUGUAGCGAAACGUCAUGCACUUAUUAGUCGUCUGCCCUCUCUACCAGAACACUGUCUCCCCUAUUCUCAGCAAUCGAUUUUGACCAAACUUUCCAGUUUUACUCCAUUUGUAAAUUCUCAGGAUGAAUGUAUCAAAUACUUUGAACUUCAAAUGACCCCCCUUUUUGCUGAUCUCCGACCUGAUCGAAUAAUUUUUCUAGUAUUUCAGGAUUUUGCCGAGAGUUUCGGUUCCACUAUUGGAGAUAUGAGUCUUGGUCCGAGGGAAUCUGCUCGCUUUAUCGCGAAAAGUGCUGACCAUGUGAAAAUUAACUUAAGGGCAAUUCCCGAAUUGGCUGAGAAAUUUUACGAAAGCUUACUGGGCGGAAAAUUUGGUGAUACUUGGGAUGAACUUCCACUACAUCCGAGGGGUGGUGGCGCUUUCACGGCAAAUUGGGUUUUCGUUUUAGACUCCCUGAAUUUCUCAUUUUGGACAGAUAAGGCACCAAAGUAUAUGGUGGAAUAUAAAUCUGAGCGUCACACGGGAUAUCCAGCCCUAUGUGCAGUACUCAAUCGAGCUAUCGAUAAUGGAAUAAACUUGGUGGAUCCAAAGGUUCUAGUGGGUCUCACAAAGUCAGAUCUGGAAGACAUCUUUAAAUCUGCAUCCUCUUCGCCAAUUCCAUUGUUGGAUGAACGCCUAGAGAUUCUGCACACUAACGGCAAGGUUCUCUUGGAUGAGUUUGGUGGAUGUUUUACGAAUUGCCUUAAAGCCUGCGAUGGAUCUGCUGCAAAGUUGAUUCAACUGGUUUGUGAGAAGUUUCCCUCUUUUAGGGAUGAAGCGACUUAUAAGGGACAGAAAGUUUUGCUCUACAAGAGAGUCCAAAUUUUGGUUGCUGAUUUGUGGUUAGCUUUCAAGGGAGAAUCCUAUGGACAUUUCAAGGAUAUUGAUAAUCUUACUGCGUUUGCGGAUUAUAGAGUUCCGCAGGUUUUGAAUUUCUUCAAGGUUCUUGAAUACGACGAGGAGUUGAUGACCAAGCUGAAGAACCACGAAUUACUUGAAAGCAAAUCUGCUUUAGAGGUGGAAAUUCGUGGUUGUUGCCUUCAAGCUGUUGAGCUUUUGAAUGAGGCAACAAAGGCGUUGCUGGCUGAACGUGGAAAUACAGGAGUUGUAUGCAAUAGCAUAAUUGCCGAUAACUUUCUGUGGCUCUAUCGACGAAAAAUGGCAAAAGAAGUGGAGGAAGGUGCGCCUAUGCAUCGUACCCGCUGCAUUUUCUACUGA